AUGUCGGUUACUAGUAAUAUGCAAAAUACGAGGACGACUGAUUGGUUAGAUGCGAAUUAUUCGGACCAGUCUGACUCUUCUGACGAAGAGUUUGUUUUUAAUGAAGAUGCCGUAAAAGAUACUAGCGAUAGUUCGGAAGAAGAAAACAGCAAUGACGAAAGUCAAGAAGGUGAACUUGACCGUAGCACCACAGCCAAUCAAAAGUCUCCACAACAUCACACGAAUGGAAAUAGCGCAGUAACAUAUAGAGACUCUACUCCGAUCAAUACACCAUUGAUAAAUGGUACCAGCCACCUAGCAUUUGAUGAAAAUGGUUAUACGAAUGGCAAAAACGGCGCGAUCCGUCAUCGUCAAGAGAAUUCUCUUUCACAUUUAUUUAGUCCUUAUGGAAUAACAUCAUCACGAAAAACCAACGGAGAACGGAUUUUUAAUAACGGCCUCGAAAGCUAUUCAUAUGACUAUAGAAUUAGAAGUGGUGUACGUUGGACUUUUGCCGAACAUGCACAAAAUCGUCACCUUGGAGAAAUCGGAGUUCCGUUCCAAAUGUUCUCCAAAGAUUUUAAUAAAUUCCACGAGGUACAAGAGUCAACGUUGAAGGAUUUAAAAGCAACGGAACAAAAUAUUUCGCAGAUGAAUGCACUGCUCGAAGAAGAAGUAGAUAAGGUCAAAGAUGAAUGUGAUGAAUUAAAAAGUGAAUAUAAAAAUAUUUGUGAAGAAAAUAAGCUGAUUCGAGAACAAAUCGAAGAGUUGCAUACCUUCUUUCUCCCGUAUUUUAAUAAUUUAUUGAGUGGUGAUGAGGGAGAUGACGAUGAAGAGGACAUUGAAAAUAAGCAUUUCGACAAAAUUAUCGUCGGUAAUCCAAUUGAAAAAGAGUCGAAUGAGAGCGAAAAUGAACUUGAUGACGUCAAUAUUGGUCCCUUCAUCUUUGAAUUGGCUCGUCUAUUCGAACAACAACAAUAA